AUGGAAGUCGCCAACAUCGCCACCCCAAGUCCUUCGGAAUCCACGGAGCCGGAGCAAGAGCCGACUGUCAUCAUCUUCGGCUACGAGCUCAAUCCCCUGUCUCCCGAACUCAAGGAGCGAUAUCAUGUCGCAGGAAGAGUCCCAAGAAGGAAGUCAAUGAACUUGGAGGACGCGAGAGCUUACGAGGUUCUCCCAGUCGACCUGAAGAUCAAACAGCUCAUUCAAUAUCUGCUGGUAGAGGAUUUACGAUCGGGCAAUCAGCCGAUUGAGUGGUCAUUCACCGACCCUUCGGACAAGUUCUGCUGGGUGACGUCGAUCCAAAGUCAUGAAGUGUUUCCAUACUUUCUCUACAAAGCCGCAUGGGAUGAAGACUUCGAGGCGAUCCAAUGGGGCGAACACAACCAAGGGGAAACGAUCUUGGUUAACUUCGAGCUCCUCUUUAUGUUUGCCCAAGGCCACGGAGAAUUCGCCUGUUACCGGCCAACGAACUACGAAGACAACUUUGUAGCCGGACAGGCGAACCGACUCGAGCACAAUCUCGUGCACAUUUACGGUUUCAAUGGUAUCGGCUGUGAAAAUUUGGAAGAAGAUCGCAUGCUCAACGAGCAAUCCCACGUCCUCGACGGUUUCUUCGACAAACUGGACGGAAUCUGCCACAAGUACGGGCUCAACUCCGCGGGGCAAUGGCACGAGUUCCACCACUCCGACUUUUUUCAAAGCGACAAUCCCAAGAUCGAGGACCGCCACAGGCCGAAGAGAAAGAACUCCAAGUUUUUCAAAAUCUGCCAGACGCUGAAAAUCGACUAUCGCGUCCGAAAAAAUGGCUUCGAGAAGAACGCUCAAGACGGAGUCCCAAAGCCGAACCGAAAAAAGUAG